GAGAAACAUGGAUUUGCUACCAUGCGCCAGUAUGACUUCCGGUGCUUUUACGUGUCACGAAGUAUAAUAGACAACACUUCCUACUUUAUAGCAAAAGUUUGGAAAAAUGGCAAAGAGAAUUGCAGAAAAAGAACUGACCGACAGAAACUGGGAUCAGGAAGAUGAAGCUGAGGAGGUGGGAACUUUCUCAGUAGCUAGUGAAGAAGUGCUGAAGAACAGAGCUAUUAAAAAAGCUAAGCGCCGAAAUGUUGGAUCAGAGUCUGAAAGCGGAGGAGCUUUUAAAGGGUUUAAAGGCUUUAUAUUACCUUCUGGAAAAGCAGGAGGUGGCUUCAGUGGAUUUGGUAAUGGUGCAGGAAUAAAGCCUUUAGAAGGGCUGUCUAACGGAAGCAGUAGUGUCGCUAGUACUCCUUCUUUCAGCAGUUUAAAGACAACCUCUGAAACACAAAUGGCAUUUGGAUCCGCAAUGUCAAACGGUCCUACUGCUACUGCAUUCACCGAGAAAAAAGCUGCAAGCCCAAAAGCUAAUGGUGGCAGUCAACCAUCAUCAUCUGGCUAUUCUCAGAGUAAAAUGUGUAGCUCUAGUGUUUAUCACAAACAGUUAGCAGCUUUAAACUGUUCUGUGCGUGACUGGAUAGUUAAGCAUGUAAACACAAACCCGCUAUGUGAUCUGACACCAAUCUUCAGAGACUAUGAGAAGUAUUUAGCAAAUAUUGAACAGCAACAUGGAAGCAGUAGUGAUAGUGGCUCUGAAAACGAAGGCAACAAGACACCUGGCACUCAGUCUGUUUCUACAUUUGGGAAUUCAAAACCACAGCAAGGAUCAACGUUUUUGUUUAACAGCAACAAAACUGAGGAUGCCUCGGACAAAAAAUCUGAAGGUGCAUCAGAAAAAAGAGACCCGUCAGGAGGAGUUGCAUCAAAUGUCUCGUUCAAUUUUGGGAAGAGUGUCGACAGUUCUGUUUUGGGUUCCCUUGGUUCUGGAACACUAAGUAGUUUCUCGUUUUCUCCUGGAAACUCAGGUUUGUUUGGAAAAGAUGCAAACCAGGCUAAGUCUGUCACUGCAGUGUCCACCAAUAUACUGGAAGCUCAGACAGAAAGUGGCAGUAGUGAUGAUAAAGGAGGAGAAGAGGAGGAAGAUGAGCCACCAAAAGUCAUUGUUAAUGAAAUAAAAGAGGACGAUGCUUUCUACUCAAAGAAGUGCAAGCUGUUCUACAAAAAGGAUAAUGAAUUCAAAGAAAAAGGUGUAGGAACAUUACACUUAAAACCAGCAGGAAAUGAAAAAACUCAGCUUCUAGUCCGAGCAGAUACCAAUUUAGGAAACAUACUGUUGAAUGUUCUAAUUCCCCCCAAGAUGCCAUGCACAAGAACCGGAAAAAACAAUGUUCUUAUAGUUUGUGUUCCUAACCCACCGAUUGAUGAGAAGAAUCCAACUGUUCCUGUCACUAUGUUAAUACGAGUGAAAACAAGUGAGGAUGCAGACGAGUUGCACAAAAUCUUACUGGAGAAAAAGGAGGCUUAAAAAUGUUGCAGUCAAUGGUUUGAGGAAUUAUUGCCAAAUUGCUGCUUUUUUUUCUUCCCCCCCCUCUUCUAUAACUUCACUUGAACACUUAACUCUUUAUUCUGAUAUUAAGAACUAUUACAGGAAUUUUGGAAAAAGUCUGUGAGGAAAAGCUAAAAUAGCUAAUAAAAGCUUUAAUAGAACACAA